AAUGGAUGGUCUGUAUUGCCAAGUUCUGCUCCUCUGUACACACAGCAGUUGGUGACAAACGGCAUCCAGCAUCGAGAGAUGAGGAUAUGGUCCAGCGCUUUCCUAGUUCUGCCAUCUGGGCUGUACCAUGUCCAGUGGUGGAUGCUUCCGAGGAAACCAGGUAUCGGCAACACUGAGUUUGUUGUGGCGGCAGAGAAGGAAAAGGCGGUUACCAUUGUUGUUUGUGGACCUGUCAGCAAAGGUUGCAUAAAUUCAUGCAAAAGAGUCGCAUGAAUUCCUGUGUAUGACCAGAAGAUGGCACGUGGAGCUGAAUCAAACAUCCAUCCAACCAUCCAUCCUUUUUUCAAACCGCAAGUCCAAUGUGGUAAAAGCGUUAUUUCAUACAGAUAUACCUAAGGCGGUUUGGAUAUCUAGAUACUCCACUGAACCCGGAAGCUCAGAAAGAUUCCAGUGACUGGGAUAUGAAGGUGGCUGUUAGUCUCUUUCAGAGGGUGUCAGGGCUGUCAGUCACUGGACGUCUCGACAGAGCUACCCUUCUUAAAAUGAGGCAGCCGCGGUGUGGUGUCGAGGACCCCUUCAACCAGAAGUCUUUAAAGUACAGGCGAUUUGGUGGAUUUUGGCGAAAGAAAAACUUAACAUAUCGGAUUUACAGCCACACACCAGAUAUGGGGAAAAGCGCGACACAGACAGCCAUACGCUCUGCCUUUGACUACUGGAGCGAGGUCACCCCACUCGUCUUUAAAGAGGUCAGCUCUGGGCUUGCUGAUAUUAGGAUCUCAUUUCACAAGAGAGAUGGCUGUCCUUCACCUUUUGAUGGUCCUGGCCAUGUUCUCGCCCAUGCUGAAGCCCCUCCAUCAGGAAUAGUUCACUUUGAUGAAGAUGAAUUCUGGACUGAAGGGAAGUAUUAUGGUUCUAAUCUGCGCAUUGUUGCGGCUCAUGAGAUCGGCCAUGCUCUUGGCUUGGGUCAUUCUCAGUACAGCGGUGCUCUAAUGGCAGCGCACUACACCGGCUACCAAGCUAAUUUUAGACUGCACAUCGAUGAUAUCAGAGGAAUCCAAGCCAUAUAUGGUAAAAAGAUCUCCAGUACGACUACUGCUGAUGAUAUCUAUGACGAAAUAUAUCCCACAACCAUGGCCCCGUUCCCCAGGAGUGAUGUGCUAGAUCCAUGCAAUGCUAAACUUGAUGCUAUAAUGCUGGGUCCCUGGCGCAAGACGUAUGCGUUUAGUGGGGAUUAUGUGUGGACGGUAACAGAUAUGGGCCAUAACUCUCCAGUCAAAAUAAGUCUGCUAUGGAAGGGGCUGCCAGGAAACCUGAAUGCAGCUGUAUAUUCCCCAAGAACCAACAAGACAUACUUCUUUAAAGGUGAAAAAGUCUGGAGGUUCACAAAUUACCGCCUUGACUAUCGAUACCCCAAACCACUAAAAAGAAUCCCUGCCAACAUCGACGCUGCAUUGUAUUAUGAGAAGAACAAGAAAAUCUUCUUCUUUAAGGGCUCAGGCUAUUGGCAGUGGGAUGAGAUGGUUUAUAAUGAUCUCAGCAUUUAUCCCAAACCCAUUUCCCGUCUGUUUACUGGCAUCCCAUCAAAUCCUGAUGCAGCUUUCACAUGGACCAAUGGGAAGAUGUAUUUCUUCAAGGACGACAGGUACUGGCGCGUGAAUGAACAACUCUCUGCUGAUUCUGGAUAUCCACUCAGCAAGCGUGUUCGCUGGAUGAGAUGCAGCUAAUCUGCCCCGUCGUGUGUUUUUUAACUCAGUGAACGUUUAAAGUGUGGAACUUUUGGCCCUCAGCUUCGCACACA